UAUUUUCUUUUAAAAUGAGAAAGAAAAUUCAGAAACUUAGAGACCAAAUAAUGGAUCAAGAUUUGAAGCUAUAUGGAGCAUGGCCUAGUCCUUAUUCUUUAAGAAUAAUAUGGGCUCUUAAAUUAAAGGGCUUAUCAUAUGAAUAUAUAGAAGAAGAUUUGGCAAAUAAAAGUGAUUUGCUUUUGAAAUAUAAUCCUCUUCACAAAAAAAUCCCAGUUCUUGUUCAUGUUGGAAAACCAAUAUGUGAAUCUAUGGUUAUCCUUGAAUAUCUUGAAGAAAAAUGGCCGAAUCAGUAUCCUUUGUUCCCAAAUGAUCCUUAUGAAAGAGCUGUGGCUCGAUUUUGGGUUAAUUAUUUUGAAGAAAAGAGUGUAUCCCUUUGGAUUAUAUUUAGAGCCACAGGGGAAGAACAAGAAAAGGCAGUAAAAUCCAGCUUAGAAAUGUUGAAAACAAUUGAAGAACAUGGUUUUAGAAAUCAGAAACUAUUUUUCAGUGGAGAAAAUGUUGGAAUAGUUGACAUAAUCUUUGGAUGGAUUUCUCAUUGGCUGAAAAUCGUAGAAGAAGUCGGAGGUGUCAAACUGCUUGAAGAAAACUCAUUCCCUAAUUUACAAAAAUGGAUGAAAAAUUUCAAAGAAGUACUUGUGAUAAAAGAGAGUCUCCCUAAUCAAGAAAAAUUAUUUUUGCCUUUUAAACUUACAAGAGACAUGUUGCUAGCAUCUUGAGUUUGUUGAACAAAAUAAAUAUAUGUGUGUGUGAGUUUUUUCU